AUGGGCGCUGACCACACCCCUCGCCCGUUGUCCACUGUCCCCGGGACGGUCCGCUGCCAGUCUGUUGGUACUGGGGUUUGGGGGCCAGAGACCGGGAGCUGUCAGACCGCCCAUGCGCGGAGUCAGCUACAGCAGAAGCUGCGGGAGCGCGCAGAGGAAGAGGCAGAAGGGCAGCUCCUCCAAUGUAACUCUCCUCCUGCUACCGCGGCGCUGGUAGCAGCAGUAGCUGCAGCGGCGGCGGCAGCAUCUCGCCGUCCCAGAAGCUACACCAUGUUUCUAGCUGCCCAGCCACUGACCAGAGAGGACUUUUCUUUUCUCUUCUUUUUGGCUUUGGCAUUUGGGAGCACCGGGCAGCCAAGUGGGAAGUGGGCUACAGAAGAAGGGUUGAGAAAGCAGCUGCACAAGUCGGAGCCCGGCUCCGGCCUGAGACUUUCACCGAUGUGGCAAGAAGCGAUGAGAAGGCGCCGCUAUCUGCUGGACAGGGCAGAGGCUGCCACUGGUGGAGGCGGCAAUGGCUCGGGGUCCGGAGCUGGGGGCUGUGGCGGCCGGCUGCACAAGUCCCGAGACUGGCUCUACGAGUCCUAUUACUGUAUGAGCCAGCAACACCCACUCAUCGUCUUCCUGUUGAUAAUUAUCAUGGGCACCUGCCUAGCCCUCCUCUCCGUCUUCUUUGCUUUGGGGCUGGAAGUUGAAGAUCACGUGGCAUUUUUAAUAACAGUUCCAACAGCCCUUGCUAUUUUCUUCGCAAUAUUUAUUCUUGUCUGCAUUGAAUCUGUAUUUAAGAAGCUGCUUCGUGUUUUCUCUUUGGUAAUAUGGGUAUGCCUCGUCGCCAUGGGAUAUUUAUUCAUGUGUUUUGAGGGCUCCAUCUUUCCUUGGGACCAGGAGUUAAAAGGCUAA